AUGGCCACGUUUCUUUCCAUGUGCUUUCAAUGCAUCCCAAAUCGAGGAAUUUGGGACGAAACCAUCAAUGCACAUUGCAUAUCAACAGCUGCAACCACCAAGAUCAACCAAGCGUCGGGCGCAUUUUCGGUUUUCAUGGACGUCCUUUGCGUUCUGCUUCCUAUCAUGGUGUUCGGGAAACUCCAAAUCAGUUGGCGAAAUAAGUUGGCUGUGUUUGUUCUGCUAGGACUUGGCCUUUUUACCGCAGGAGCGGCUAUUGCGAGGAUAGUCUUGUACGAUUUUGGGAGCGAAAACCUUACAUGGGACCUCGUUCCGGAUGCGAUUUGGUCUUGCGUCGAACAAAACAUCGGCAUAAUCGUAGCCUCUACGCCAGCCCUUCGCCAGCUCUUCACUGUGUUCAAGCUACAGCGCAACGUUCAGCGCUCGCACUCUUCCGAGAAGCCCUUCGCUGGAGCUAACCACUUCAUCACAUCACCGCUGAGAACAUCGUUCGAGGGAAUGCAGUUCGACAAGACCCCAUCUCUUGACUCACCAGUCAGCAAUAUUACAGAGCAGAUGGAACCCAAACAAAAGGUGGACAGUGGAAACAAAGUGAAUCCUACUACAAGCAUGACGUGA